AGGGUUCACUCAUCCCAAGCGGAACUCUAGAGGAACUGGAGAGGACAAAGCUUUGGGACCGGGGAAUCCCUGACCCACAGUCUUUUUUGCUUUUCACAAGUUUUUAAUUUGUAUCAUUCAACCAUCAACGAUCUUGAGAAAAAAAGAUUCUCUGGCCUGCACUAUGAUUUUGGCUUGAUGCGAAAAGAUUAAGAUUUGUCCUGUCUAUUUCAUUGAAAUGGAAUCAUUUGGAGGUCCUUCUAUACUGGAAGCACUGGAGAAAGUUGCUGUAAUAGAAGAUAUUUAAGUGGGCUGAGAGAAAGUGAGAACAAAGAACACAGAAGUUUCCUUUUGUUUUCCUUUAUUUUAAAAGAUUCAAGGAAGAAACAAUUGGAGAAGAAACACAAAGAGAGGAGAAAAUUAUGAGUCAAGGAUCUCAAGUCCACAUAUUUUGGGGUGCUCCAAUGGGACCACUGAAAAUGACAGUAUCACAGGGAGCAACUUCCUUAAUGUCCACUGCUGAUGCCUGGGAAAAGAUCCAACUUCUGUACAGUCAGCAUUCUUUACACCUGAAAGCUGAAAAUGAGGCGCUCAAAAAUCUGAAAGACUGUGAAGUCCUAGAUGCUGCUGGUCUUCAAGAUCUUAGUGGGCACUUUUUAACAACUUGUGUGAAUGGUGCUGUUCAGAGGGAAGAUGACUUUAUAUAUUCCUCUUCUGAAACACAGAAUAUAAAAUCCCGGAAGAGUUACCCCUCAGGACUGAGUGAUAUGACUGACUCUGUUAUAGAGAUCUGUGGAUUUGAGGACAGAGUUCAGCAUUUACAAGAAGACUAUCAGAAACUUCACUGUGAAAAUAAGAAAAUUCUAGAUGAGCAGUCUAAAAGUCAAUCAAAUCCAUGUGUCCAAAACUUUCAAAUAGAUUCCUUUCAGUUAGAUAAUAAAUGUGCAGCUAUAUUGGAUUUGGACUGUAAUACUAAGCAGAUUAAUGUAGGGACAGAAGUGGUGGGAACAAAGCAUGUGCCAACAGAACAUCAAGAAAGACAAUAUUGGAAGUGUGUUUCCUUUGAUACAAAGUAUGAACCAGAGUCUGAAGGAGCCGUCAGGAAGGCUUCAAAACUGAAAAUAUCUACUGAUACUGAAUUUCUCAGUAUUAUGACCUCCAGCCAGCUUGCAUUUUUAGCUCAAGGGAAGGAUACAGGGCAAGACUAUAUAAAUAAAGAGGCUGUAAACAUGGAGAUUGACCCAACGGGAAGCCAUGGAGAAGUAAGACAAACUGAAGAUAAUUUAAUGAAGCCUAGUGAUGAUUUUGGAGAAGGAGCUGAAAAUGGGCAAAGCCAAGUAUAUUCCCUAGAACUUUUUAGUCCUGUUUGUCCUGAAUCAAAAAACAACCACGUUCACACAAAUCCUGAAGAAGCUCCUAAAGAAAAUAUAAGAUCUCAAGAACUUUUCAGUAACGAAGAAAGCCCACCACCAAAUGAGAUAAGCAUUGAGUUGUGUGACUCAGGUAUACUGUGUUCCCAACUAAAUACUUUCCACCAAAGUACUGCUAAAAGAAGCCGGACCUCCAAAGGUAUAUCCCAUCAUUCUAAAGCUCUUUCUGAAGUGCCUCAAGUGUCUAAGAAACUGAAGAUGGAUUCUAAUGCAAGAGAGUCAGGCAAAGCAAUGGAACAAAAGAUUGUGUCUGUACUUACGGAUAUUAAAAGAAUAACAUUAAUAAAAAACUGUGAUUCUAAAAGCCUGAAGUAUAAUUGUUUAGCCAUGGUGCUAGCUCCAUGUCAUGUGAAGGAAAUAAACAUAAAAUCUGGACCAAAUUCUGGUUCUAAAGUGCCUUUAGCAACAAUUAUAGUAAUCGAUCAAUCUGAAAUUAAGAAAAAGGUGGUUCUGUGGAGGACUGCAGCAUUUUGGGCACUUACAGUGUUUCUUGGAGAUAUAAUUUUACUUACAGAUGUUACUGUUCACGAAGAUCAGUGGAUUGGUGAGACAGUACUCCAGUCAACAUUUACCAGUCAGUUAUUAAAUCUUGGGAGUUACUCAUGUAUCCAGCCUGAAAAAUAUACCAGUGUAGUUGGCAAUGUUUUACUUCAGGACUUACUGGCAUAUGUGUCUUCAAAACAUUCCUAUCUCAAAGAUCUGCCUGAGCGACAGCCUCCAAAAAUGACCACUAUAGAGUUUGUGGAAUUGGAGCAGAUGCAGCCUGAUGUAUUAGUCCAUGCAAUUCUAAGAGUAGUGGAUGUCACAACAGUGACAGAGGCAUUAUAUAGUUAUAGAGGACAGAAGCAAAAGAAAGUUAUGCUAACAGUGGAACAGGUCCAAGGUCAGCAUUAUGUACUUGUAUUAUGGGGUCCUGGAGCAGCCUGGCACACUCAACUUCAAAGGAGAAAAGGUUGUAUUUGGGAAUUUAAGUACCUCUUUGUUCAGCGCAAUUGCACACUAGAAAACUUAGAAUUGCAUACAACACUGUGGUCAUCCUGUGAAUGCCUGUUUGAUGAUGAUAAAAGGGCAAUUAAAUUUAAAGCAAAAUUUCAAAAGAGUACACCCUCCUUUGUCAAGACAUCAGACUUAGCAACACACCUAAAGGAUAAGUAUUCAGGAGUGGUUCUGAUUAAAGCCAAGAUUUCAGAGCUGGCAUUUUCUGUUGCAGCAGCUCAGAAGAUAGCUCUAAAUGCGUGCAGUUCUCUGAAGAGUAUCUUCUCCUCUCUUCCUAACAUUAUAUAUACUGGCUGUGUACAGUGUGGAUUAGAACUAGCAACAGAUGAGAACAGGAUCUACAGACAGUGUCUUAGCUGCUUGCCGGUAACUAAGACGAGGACAUACUAUAGGCCAGCUGUAAUGACCAUAGUUGAUGGAGGACAUAACGUUUGUGUCCAUGUAGGGCCAAAGUUGAUGGAGCAGAUUCUACUCAACAUUUCUCCAGAUUGCCUCAACAGAGUCAUAGUGCCUUCCUCAGAGGUCACCUACGGCAUGGUUGCAGCAGACUUGCUCCACUCCUUGUUGGCGGUCACUGCGGAACCUUGUGUGUUGAAGAUUCAGAGCCUUUUCAAGUUGGAUGAAAACAGCUUCCCUUUGCAACAGGAUUUCUCCCUGCUAGAUUUUUGCCCUGACUCAUGUAGGAUGUGGAGCCCAGGCUCUUCUCUGAGGCCAGAGGAGGACACUUAGGCAUUCCAAGGAAGGUGUGCUGAAAUGAUCUAUAUUUUGAAAUUAAAUGAAAUGACAGGAGUUUUGUUUAGAGUUUAAAAAAAUACAUUUUAUUAACACAACAGGAU